UUAUCUUCUACUCAGUAAAAAGCAAUGUUUCCUUUCCUCUAACUAGUGAAACUCAUACACCAGAGUAGUUCAGGCAUCAGACUUCGGUAUGUUGCCAUAAAGUAUCUUUUAUGUAGUAUCUACCGAACACUGAGCAUUGCUUGUUAUUACUUUUGUUGUGUGUAGAUACCAUGUCGCAAUAAUAACAAUACAUUAGAAUUAUUUGAAUUUUACCUACAACUUUAAAUUCUGUGUUCGCAGCAGUUUUUUUUAUUUUUAUUUUUGUUAUAAUUGUUUAAUAAUUGUCGAUUACCAAUAUUUUUUCUAGUCUCUCUGUGUUUUGUAGUGAAUUAUAGAAAUAAUUUUGUUGCUUUAUUGCGUUUUAAAUCCGUGUACAACUGUUGUAGUAUAAACACCUCUUCAAGGAAAUCAUUUUCUGAUAUGUUGCAUAGGCAAUAUUUGCGAUAGGUGUAAAUCACUUUUUAUCUCUCAAUUAAAAAAAAAGAAGUCGUUUCAUACUUAAACAUUCUAAAAUACUGUUUUAAAAAUACAUCAUGUGGUCAAAAAGCAACGCAACUAAAUUAAAGAAUGAACCUUUAGGCAAGCGGGAGAAACAACAGCAACAUAUUAAAAAUGAAAAGUUCAAUGAAGCAAAUGUAAAAACUGAUUCUGGAAUUGUAUCAGAUGUCAGUCAAUCUUAUGAAUUAUUUCCCAAGGAGAAUAGUGAUGAUGAUAUCCAACCGUUAGUUAACAAUCCUAAAGAAACAAAAUUGAGCAGCACAGUGAAUAUUGAUGAUGAUUCGGGCUGUGUAAGUGAAUUAGAUAUCAAUACUAAAGACAUCUCUAAACAAUUUCCAAAGAAAGAAUAUGAUUGGAGGUUUAAUUUUCAACAGGAUGAAUAUGGAGACACAAAUCUUCAUCUUGCUAUUCUUUGUGGAUAUGUUGAAGAGGCAAAACGGUUGAUUGAAAAUUGUCCAGAAUCUAACCUACUUGAUAUUCAAAACUAUGAUGGACAAAGUGCUCUUCAUUUGGCUGUUUUGACCAAUCAAUGCGAAAUAAUUGAAUCUCUAAUGAUUGCUAAAGCUAAUGGAGAAUUGUUAGAUUAUGAUGGAAAUACAGCAAUUCAUUUAGCCUGUUAUAAUGGAUUUCUGGAUUGUUUAAAUACUUUAUCUAAACAUUUAACAUUAUCAAAAAUGUUAGAUAUUAUAAAUUAUGAUGGAUUAGCUUGUAUUCAUAUUGCAACAAUUGCUGAUCAUUUAAAUAUACUAAAAUUUGUAGUUGAUCGCUCAAAAAAUGUUAAUAUCACAGAUUAUAAAAGUGGAUUCACUGCAUUACAUUUUGCUAAAGCUCUGAACAGAAAAAACCUUAUUGAAUAUUUAUUAGAAAAAGUAGAUUCAAGUAUUGAAAGUUAUGCUGGAAGGUUGGCAUAUGAAAUUGACGAUGAUUAUGAUUAUGAUGAUGAUGAAGAUGAAGAUGAUGAAGAGGAAUCUGGUGAUCUUGUUAAUUCAAUGAGUGUGCUUCAGUUACCUAUUAAUAAUUCAGUCAAAUGUUGAUGAAUAAAUCUAAAAUUCCUGAUGUACCUAUUUGUAUGCAUUAUUUUUGUUAUAUCAUAGAUCCAGUUAAACACAUCUGAUAAUGUUUGCAUUAACAUUUUUAAAGUG